AAUUUCAAAACUCUCCCUCCCCCAUCAUAUGUAUAGAUGGAUCAUGGGCAAAAAAAAGAAAUACUUGCAUUCCUCACUAUAGUCCCAUUUCCUCACCCUCUCUCUCUCUCUCUCUCUCUUGAACACACUCAAUUGUGUUAGCGAUGAAUCCAAGAAAGCCAAAUCCGGCACCUUCCCUCAAACUCAUCGUAUACGGCAUGCCCCUCAUCUUCUUCCUCCUCACCUUCGCCGCCAUGUUGAAGCACAAACUAUACACCACCACCAACACCCUCACCGCUCUCCGCCCCCACAACCACCACUGCAACGCCCCCGCAAACAUCAUCAGCCAGCUGGAGCCCCUGAUCGCAGAGGAGCCGCUGGACGUAUGGGAGGGGCUGGGCAAGGAGGAGAGCCACAUCAAAUACCUCCCCUCCAUGACCGACCUCUCCCGCCACCGCCGCUUCAUCUACAUCGACCUCGGCGCCCGCGACUACGACUCCAGCAUCGGCAGCUGGUUCGAGAGGCGCUACCCGAAGCAGAACAAGACGUUCGAGAUCUACGCGGUCGAGGCCGACGCGUCGUUCCACGCGCAGUACGCGGCGCGUCGAGGCGUGACGCUGCUGCCGUACGCGGCGUGGGUGAGGAACGAGACGGUGGUGUUCGGGAGCAAGCCGAUCGUGGUGGGGAGCAAGGUGUGGCGGAUGAGGCCGUUCGGGAGGAUCGAGGGGGAGCAGGCGGCCGGGGACGGGAUGUCGGCGGUGGUGCGGGUGGCGGCGUUUGACUUCGCGGAGUGGCUGAGGAGGACGGUGAGGGAGGAGGACUUCGUGGUGGUGAAGAUGGACGUGGAGGGGACGGAGAUCGAGCUGGUGAGGGAUUUGGUGAGGCGGGGCGCCAUGUGCUUGAUCGACGAGCUGUUCAUGGAGUGCCACUUCGAUCGCUACGUCAAGUGCUGCUCGGGAGACAGGAUCAAUAGGUUUAAUUUCUCCUAUCCUCAGUGCUAUAAUUUGUUCAAGGAGCUCAGGGAUAUGGGCUCCGUUGUGCAUCAGUGGUGGUGAGCUCCACUCCGCCCCAGCCCGGCUUUAUCUUACUUUCCGGACUCCGCUAAUUUUCAAACAAUCGACUCCACCGCUGUGAUGAAUAUUUAUCAAUUUUCAUUAAUUUUGUUAGAGGAUAUAGAGUUAUUGCAAUAACGAACUUGUUUUCACAUUUACCUCGCGCAUGAUUCUCUCUUUUAUGUACAGUCUACUAAUUUUUUUUAA